UCGAUUUCUUUUUUUCUUACAAAUGUCCAUUCUACUCAAAUGUAUUGAAACAGAAUUAAUCUCUGCAAGAAGACCUUACUAAGUCUGCUGUGCAUCCGACGUCUGCCAUGUUGGUAAAACCCGAGAACUUAGAGCAAUGGAGUCCGAACCCGAUGGUGCGACGGUUUGAUACCCGAGUGGAGCAGCAGACUUCCUCCACUAGACCCCGAGGAAAGUGAAAUGAAUAUUACGGAAACAAUUUAAGGGAGGAUGAUUAUUAUCAACAACAAUUUUUUUUUUUUUUUGCCAGAUCAGCCAUAUUUCUAAAAGCAACUGGCCGAAGUAAGAAGAAUUUCGAGAGUUCUUGCUUCCUCAUACUUCACAGAUGAAUCAGGAUCAGGAUCUAUGGGAGCUCGAGGACUGGUACCCACCUCUAUGUCCACCGGAGACCCGCAAGGAGGACCUACUCCGAGAUGAAGACUUCACAGAGGUGGACAAGGACGCUCGGGCGAAACUUCAUUCACCAAAAGACAGUUUCGACAAACUUGUCCAACACCUCACCAGUCAUUUGAGCUCCGAUCUACACAAGUUAAGAACCAUUUUUGUGUGGAUGAGCGCUCAGAACAUAGGAUGUCGACAAGAGACAGGCAGAUGCAAAGACAGCAGCAGUCCAGAAUAUUACCUACAGGAGGCAUCAAAAUAUAAUAGUUUAAUCGAUAGAAUGUUCGCCAAGAUGUGCAGAGCUGCAAGAAUCCCAUGUGUUCUUGUGGACGGCAAGGUAAAAGGUACAACCUACGAGACAGGUGAUGUUGAUAUAAAAGGACAAUGUACCUGGGCAGUUGUUUACGUGGCAAACAGCUGGCGGUUUGUGUUUCCUCGUUGGGCCUUUGCAGCAGCAAGUGGUUACCAAAAGGAAAAUUUGGUGCUGAUUGAGGAUUCUGGAGAGCCGAUAAGAACAAGUACCACAGAAAAUGUAGGUACCCUGACGCCCAUGUUCAACGAAUUUUAUUUCCUGACUGACCCUGAGGAGAUGAUUUACAUCUGUCACCCAUAUGAGAAAGAGAAACAAUUGCUGACUGAACCAUGGACACGAGAGAAGUUCUUUGAGUCCCCUCACUUACGUAGGGAGUAUUUUUCGUCUGGAUGGAAGCUGAUCAGCCCGUUGACGUGCGUGAUCAAGUCCACAACUGGAUGGUGUUUAAUCGACAUGUUUAGUCAGGAAGCUGGUUAUAAACUGGAGUACAAGAUGCUUUUCUACGAAGGUCGUUCAGGAAGAAAAUUUCCACAGGAGAAACAAACAGAACUCUACGUAACUAUAAUAAAGCGGACGCAGCAGACGAACUCAUUUCUGGUCAGACUUCCAGUAGCAGGAACAUACAAAUUUAGAGUACUAGGAGUUCAUGGAGAUAAAAUCUCUCGCCUAGUGGACUUUCAGAUCAUCUGUGAUGAUGCGGCUCCAGACACACAGCCCUUGCCGUCCUGCCCAAAAAACGGGUUUGGCUUUGGUGAAGCAGCUGCUGAAGCUGGGUUGUCGGAGCCUUCCCACACGGAAGGGGUUGUGCCGGUGAAAAGUGGUGAGGAGAUCAGCAUACACUUUAAGGUUAAAGAUGACGUGGACAUCUCGGCCAGACUGGUCCACUCCACUCGGAAACCAGAAGAGCUUCGGGACAACGUCAUCGUGGGGCGAGAAGACGAUAACGUAACGGUCACGGUGAGACUCCCGGCAGACGACCCGACACCGGAAUAUUCCCUUGAAGUCGAUACCAUAAAAAACAUAAAAGAAAAUGAUCAAUCUACAAAAACAUUGUCUAGUUGUCAUGUUCUGAACUACUUGCUGACCAGCGAUGAAAGGCUGAAUGAAGUAAUCACGGACAAAGACACAAAGAAUAAAUUACAGUUCUAUGAAGAUGCAUGGGUCUCUCUUGGCAACGAUGACGCCAAGAUGUUAGAGAAAGUUGCCUCAAGGGACGAGAGGACUGAUAUUAAAGACCCGAUGUUAGACAGAAAAAUACGAGCCAGAGAAACGUGGUACAAACGUAUGACAGAGGAAGUGCGUGUUUUUACAAGAGAAGGAAACUUGGAUCAGCUGAUUCGAGGCAUCGAAAACUGUAUGGCUGCAAGCAUUCAGAACAAAGGAGACAUUGAGGACGCCAUGCAAAUGCUUACGAAAUUGUAUCAAGAGGAAAUCGUGAAGGCCGUUAGCAGUAAAUCCUUGAAAGAGAUCAAUGCAUGCUUCAAGAAAAUAGACAACACCUGUGUCAGUAAAAUGGCUCGGGAACAGGCUUGUUUUGAAGAGGGCCAGGAAGAAAUUAGAAGGAGGGCGCAGUCCCAAAGAAAAAAAGAUGAGGCGACUGAGGGAAGACUUCCAGACCACGUCAAUGACGUCAUCGUUGCAGCCUUCAUUUUGAUUGGAGAAAGCGAGGAGGAACUUGACACACGGGAGAAGGUCAACGCCAAACUGAAGGAAACGAACAAAGAACAGCUGUUAAAUAAAGUGAACAGUUUGGAUAACUUUUCUCUUACCCGAGAGCAGGUGGAUCUGGCAGAACAGAAGCUGGAACGAGCUGUUAGAACGUUUGCCGAGUACAGGUCAAUAGAAACACUCAUGAAACAGUGCUUGGAGAAGAUCGCCUUGUACCGAACUAAAGGAAGUGUCAAAAGGAGAAAAUAACUCCGUGCAAACAGAUGAACACAAAAGGUACAGGAAGAGGCUGCGACUUGUCUCCCCUACUCAUAACGAAGUGAUAAAUGCUUUGGUAAGAGACUGACUCCUAAUCAAUUUUUUUCAGGAAGAUUUUACCACUUAUUUCAGUGAAUCGAUCUCUUACCGACUUCCCGUUUUGUUUAUCAACAAGAGCCUACAGUGAGCUUUGUCUUUUGUCUUUCAGCCAGACUAUUACGCCACUUUUGACUGUUUAGCGGUUUCAUUCAUGGAAAAAAAACUUCUAUGCGUGCUGUUUAUAUUAGAGUAUAUUACUUUCGUAUUUUCAUUUAGACAAGGGAAAAAUCCUUGAUCCACAUAAUUAAAAUGUACUUAAUUGCUGUUUUAAGAAUCACUGUACUUUCUCUUUUACUGCUGUGUUUCUUUGGUUUAUCAGUGUUGUCAUAAAUUAUUAUCAGUAUAUCUCAGUAAGUACAGUGAUACCUCGGUUCUCGAACGCCUUGACUUUCGACCAAAUCGGUAUUCGACCAGGAAAUUCGAGAAAAUUCUGUCUUGGAAUCCGAACAAAUAUUUGGAACUCG